GUUUGAAUCGCUCGCAUCGGGUGCUCGCGUUGGACCCGUGUUACCUGUAUACCUGCCCCCCUCGCUGGGUCGCUGGCCAAACGAUCCCGAAGUGAAACGGGCGCUGAAAAGCCCAAUUAAAGUUCAUAAUUAAUCGGCGAAGAGGUCAGGCGGCUGCUGGCGGAGCGCUGAAAGUGCCAGCGAAUCAAUCCGUGAAAAGAAAACCCCGUCUCCCUGACUGCCAGCCAGCAGUAUACCACAUAAUACUGGUGUACCUUCGAGGUAUCUAAGCGCACAUCUACGCUGGGUACCAGUGUGCCUGGAGUUAAAGUUGGAAACUCGUUUUUCAAAACCAAAACGACGAAAACGAAGAAAAAAGUCUGCACAAAACGAGAAAAUAAGCGCGGUCGCGGGUAGAAAAAGUAAAGCACAAUAAUACAAGAAAAGCAAAAGCAGAUCCAGAACCAAAAGCAAAAGCAAGCUCGAACUCGAACCCAAACCCAAACCGAAAACCUGACCGUCAGGCUCCCUGCGAUUUGGCUUGGUUUUCGGCCGCCGCUCGCCCUUCUGCAUUCUUUUCGCUUGUUUACUUAUUUUUCGUGUGCUGUGCGGUUGCUUCACUUGUUGCAGCUGCACAUAUCUCAGCCUCUCUCUCCGAGCACCGCAUACACACGUAGAUAUUCGGACGCGGAUUCGGAUUCGGAUUCGGGUUCGGUCUGUAUGGCAUAGAUAGAGAUACGGUGCGCUGCCUGCCCGAGGAGCCUGUGCGGAAAACGAAAAACGAAAGACGAAUACGAGUACGAGUACGAAAACCUGUUCCUCUCCUCCGGCCAUCUGCGAGUGUAUCGGCGGCAUAGGUACACCCAUACGUAUAGGUGAGAGCCUGUAUACGGAAUUAUUCAAAUAAGAAAAUCGCCGUCUUCGCCGUCACCGCCGCCGUCGCCUUCGCCUUUGGUCGCCGUCGUGGCCACACAAAUGUUCAACAACGAUGGCCACAUUGGGCCUGUCCAAAGUCUUUAUACUGGAUAAAUAUUUCACCGAAUUGCAAAAAUUUUGGGAGACGGAGAAGAAGCUGCAGGAUGCAUCUUCAUCCAAUGAGGCAGUGCAUCUGCAGCAGCGUCUCAAGAGCCUGAGCACAGAGCUGGUCACCCUGCGAAAUCGACUGCAUGUGGGCCAAGGACCGGGUCAGAAUCCCAAUCAGAGCCAGGCUAAUGGCUCCCCAGGCGGGGCCACCUCUGGUCCCAAGGCCAACAGCUUUGACCUGAACGUCUCCAGUCCCAAUCUCAACCUGAGUUCCAGCGGGGCACAUCUUUCCGCCAGCGCAGUGCAACAGCACACCAAUGGACACCACACGGCAACGAAGAGCCACAACUUCAGCCAUACGCUGCCGGCGAAUUCGGGCUCUGGCGGAGGAGCAGGUGCAGCGGUGGUCUCGGCGAGGAACACCUCGAUUCCGCACCCACUUCCGCACCAGCUGGGCGAGAAGUCGGGCCUGUCGCACCAUCAGAGCGGCAGCGGACAUGGCCAGUCCAGCGGGACACUGCCGCACAUGGGCAGCCUGGGAAACAUCCUGGGGCAUGGUUCCCACUCGCACGCGCACUCGCACUCCCUUGCCCCGGCCAACAGCAACGCCAACACGCUGCCCAUGCGCUCCUCCAACUCGGGGCACCUGGGCACCAAUGGCGGAGGAGGCGGAGUAGGACCAGGAGGAGGUGGCGCUGGUGGGGGGCACCAUCUCAGCCACGCCCACAGCCAGCAAAUGCCAUUCAUCCCGCAGUCGAAGCACGCCAAUCCCUGCCAGAGUGUGAAGACCCUGCCCUUCGGCUUCGGAUUCGCCGGGGGUCAGCAGAAGCUGCAGCAGCAGCAGCAGCAGCAGGUGGCCAAGUCCCUGCCCAAGGACAUGCAGGACCUGAUCCACCUGUCGGGACCCCUCACCGAACACGCCGUGAUGAGGACCCUGCAGGCCAGAUUCACCGAGCAGCGGUACUUUACGAAUGUGGGUCCGAUCUUGCUGUCCAUCAAUCCGUACCUGGACGUGGGCAACCCGCUGACCCUCACCUCCACCCGCGCCCUGCCGCUGGCCCCGCAGCUGCAGAAGAUCGUCCAGGAGGCAGUGCGUCAGCAGAGCGAGACGGGCUACCCGCAGGCCAUCAUCCUGUCGGGCACCUCGGGCGCCGGCAAGACGGCCAAUGCCAUGCUGAUGCUCCGCCAGCUCUUCGCCAUCGCCGGCGGAGGUCCGGAGACGGAUGCCUUUAAGCACCUGGCCGCCGCCUUUACGGUCCUUAGAUCGCUGGGCUCGGCCAAGACCACCACCAACUCGGAGUCCAGUCGCAUUGGCCAGUUCAUCGAGGUGCAGGUAACGGACGGAGCUCUGUACCGCACCAAGAUCCACUGCUACUUCCUGGACCAGACGCGGGUCAUCCGCCCGCUGCCCAAGGAGAAGAACUACCACAUCUUCUACCAGCUGCUGGCGGGUCUCAGCCGGGAGGAGCGCCAGAAGCUGCAUCUGGAGGGCUACUCGCCGGCCAAUCUGCGGUAUUUGCGUGGGGACACCGGCCAGAACGAGCAGGAGGAUGCGGGGAGGUUCCAGGCCUGGAAGACCUGCCUGGGCAUCCUGGGCAUCCCGUUCCUGGACGUGGUCCGCGUCCUGGCCGCCGUCCUGCUGCUGGGAAAUGUUCAGUUCAUCGACGGUGGGGGCCUCGAGGUGGACGUAAAGGGCGAGACGGAGCUGAACUCGGUGGCCAGCCUGCUGGGCGUUCCGCCGGCGGUGCUCUUCCGCGGCCUGACCACCCGGACGCACAACGUCCGCGGCCAGCUGGUGAAGUCCGUGUGCGGCGAUGGCGACGCCAACAUGACGCGCGACUGCCUGGCCAAGGCGCUCUACUGCCGCACAGUGGCCACCAUUGUGCGUCGGGCCAACAGCCUGAAGCGCCUGGGCUCCACGCUGGGCACCCUCAGCUCGGACUCCAAUGAAUCGGUGCACAACCAGGCGGAUGCCGCCUCGCAGCAUGCCUCCACAAUCGGGGGCGGCAAUGCGGGCUCCAAGUCGAUGGCGGCCCUGAACAAUGCAGUGCGACAUGCCACCGAUGGCUUCAUCGGCAUCCUGGACAUGUUCGGCUUCGAGGAGCCCUCGCCGCAUGCCCACCUGGAGCACCUGUGCAUCAACCUGUGCGCGGAGACCAUGCAGCACUUCUACAACACGCACAUCUUCAAGUCAUCGGUGGAGUCGUGCCGCGACGAGGGCAUCGUGUGCGACACCGAGGUGGACUACGUGGACAAUGUGCCCUGCAUCGACCUGAUAUCCUCGCUGCGCACCGGGCUGCUCAGCAUGCUGGACGCCGAGUGCUCGGUGCGGGGCACGGCGGAGAGCUAUGUGGCCAAGCUGAAGGUGCAGCAUCGCUGCUCCACCCGCCUGGAGACGAAACCCACCGCCGAGCCGCACGAUCCGCGCAUGUUUCUCAUCCGUCACUUUGCCGGCAGGGUGGAGUACGACACCACCGACUUCCUGGACACGAACAGGGAUGUGGUGCCCGACGAUCUGGUGGCCGUCUUCUACAAGCACACCUGCAACUUUGGCUUCGCCACCCAUCUCUUUGGCUCCGAGCUGAAGGCUCUGUAUGCCCAGCAGCAGGCUCCAAGGGGCCUCAGCUUCCGCAUCUCGCCCACCUCGCACUCGGACCUGCUGAACGGGGACGAGCCGGUGUCCACGCUGACCCAGGACUUCCACACCAGGCUGGACAAUCUGCUGAGGACCUUGGUGCAUGCCAGGCCGCACUUUGUGCGCUGCAUCCGCAGCAAUGGAAACGAGGCAGCUGGAAGCUUCGAUCGGGCCACUGUGGUGCGCCAGAUCAGAUCGCUGCAGGUCCUGGAGACAGUCAACCUGAUGGCCAGUGGGUUUCCGCAUCGCAUGCGCUUCAAGCAGUUCAACGCCCGCUACCGCAUGCUGGCUCCCUUCCGCCUGUUGCGGCGCAGCGAGGACAAGGCUCUGGAGGAUUGCCAGCUGAUCCUGCAGUACGCCAUGGAGCUGCCGCCGGUGCUGGAUGGCUCCGUCACCCUGGCCUGGGCCCCCGGCAAGCGGCACGUCUUCCUCAGCGAGGGCAUCCGCCAGCACCUGGAGCACUUGCGCACGGAGAUUCGGCACAAGAGCGCCACCCUGAUGCAGGCCACCUGGCGGGGCUGGUGGUGGCGCAAGAAGGUGGGCACUGGGGCGCUCAAGCGCGCGAGGGCCCAAGUUCACCAUCCACCGCAGUCGGGCGCUGCUCCUCUGCCGGUGACCAAGGGCACACAGAACACCAGUGCCCAGAACAAGGCCGCCUCCUCCACCAUGGCGGCCCUGGCCGCCGUGGCAGCUGCUGCUCCCAGCUCAGUUCCACGUCUUUCGGCCAAGUCAACCAACCUGGGCAUUGGCGGCACAGUGGCCAGACCCAGACCACAACCCAUCGCUGGCACUCCUCCGCCGGAUCCGCAGGAGAAGUGCGACCAGAAGAUCAUACAGCAGACCUGUAACCUCUUUGGACUGGAUUUGGAACGCCCCCCGCCUGUGCCACCCUCUCGAGCCUACACGAUCUCCGGGAACUCGAAGCUGGGCUAUCCACAGAGCCGGGUCAUGAAGAUGACCUUCCCGGAGGAGAGCCAGUCGGACGCUCAGCAGCUGAAGAAGGGCGAGGUGGUGACCGUGAUGGGGGCCUCCUCCGGUCGGGGUCACCUUCUCGUGGAGCACAAGGGCCAGAGCUUCCAUGUGCCCUUCCAGUACAUGGAGCUAAUCACAUCGGAGUCUCCUGUGGGAACCAACCUGCCUCCGAUUCCGACUGGCCAGCCCAAUGGUGUAAAAAUUUGAAAACGGAUUUGGUUUUUUAUGGGAAUUUAAUAUCUUUUGAUGACCUAUCCGCUCAUAGACUGUAAAUAUUCGCCUUGAUAGAUGUUAUAAGAACCAUCAUAUUAUUUGUAAGAAACGCAUGCAAACUGAGGUGCUCAUUGGCCCCGGACUAACGUAGUAUUAUUAUUGUUGCGUUAUAAAUAAACGCCGAUCGAUAGGUUGUAGCUUCAAAUACAUACCCACAAGUGCCAAUCAAUUAAGUUCUUCCAAUUAUAUGAUAAGUAUUUUACAUGUUACUGAGAUUACUUUACUCGCCGUUAAGGGAUAAAUACCCUAAGUAUUUAAGUGAGUUUUUACAAACCACUCGAACUUACAUAUAUUUGCAUUCAUCUAAGAUUUGUGUAUUUUCUUCGACUAAGGUUCAUCACAACAUUCAAAUAAACGAAGCAUGCAUUUACAAAUUUUCAAA